AAAUGUCUUCUUGAUUUUGAUCUUGUAGAGGAAGAGCUAGAACAGGACAGGGCUAAAGUAAAGCAAAUUGUGCUGAGUAAGCUAGGAAAAGUAACAGAGCAAGCAAGGGCUCUAAUAGAAAACUAUGAACUUGAUGGUUUCAUACCAUUGCCACUGAGAUUUAAACAUCCUUGGGAGCUACUAUGGGGAAAUAUCAGCAAAGGCAAUGUUUGUAUUGCUGGAGAUGCACUCCAUCCUGUGACCCCAGACAUUGGCCAAGGAGGGUGUUGUGCCUUGGAAGAUGCUGUUGUGUUAGCCAGGUGUCUUGGUGAGGUUUUAUUGAGAAAACCAAAAGAGAAAGGUGGAGAAGAAAAAGAUGAAUAUAAGAGGAUUGAGAUGGGGUUGAAGAAGUAUGCAAAAGAGAGACAAUGGAGAAGUAUGAAGCUCAUCAGUGUGUCUUAUCUGGUUGGUUUUAUACAGGAGAGUCAUAGGAAUAUGAUGACCUUCUUGAGAGAUAAUGCAUUGGCUGGAUUCUUACCAGGUGCCGUGUUGAAAAUGGCUGAUUUUGAUUGUGGGAAGCUUACCAUUUCUUAAAUGCAAUCUUAUAGAAUAUAGAUAUUGCUAUAUAUGUAUGAGCUGAUGAGCAUGAUGCUGUUGUAAAAUAUAAAGUUUUUCUUUUCAA